UUGACAAUGGGUUAAACUUGACUGUUUACUUUAUCGAACGUGGGUUGGGGCAAUGCCGGAAAACAUAAAUGAAAAACUGUUGCUCCAAGUGCAGGGAGACAGUGCCGACGAGGAGGAACAACACCCCAGCUGUAAGCAUGGUCCUACGGUGCUGUUCUACCGGCAGUCGCAGCGUCCCGAGGAGGGGUAUUAUGCCUGUUCGGCCCAUAGGGACUCCAAGCUUUGUAAUUUCCACAUGGCAGCGGCUAAAUGGGAGGAUAAUCGGCUGAAGGACGUAUCAGUCGAAAGAAACUAUCCAAAAGCGUCCGGCCAAAUUCUGAAUCCCUCUGAUACCGAUCCCACAAAGUGUAUACUGGCCUUGUCGCAGGAUAAAGUGAAUGCUCAGUAUUUCUUUGAUGAAGCAGCUUUGGACUUCUUGGAUGAUCAGUGCCGUUGCCUAGGAAUAACCAAGAUUGUCUGCAUGGGCGCUCCUCGACUGCAUUUUCGGCUGCGUGCGAAUUAUAAGAGUUUCCUGCUGGAUCUGGAUGAGCGCUUCGCCCGUUACCUUGGCCCGGAGGAGUUCUGCCUGUACAACAUGUGCAACAAUCACUUCUUCUACAAGCGUGAACCUUUCGAAAAGUUCCUGCAAUGCUCUCCCGAGGACCGUUUGCUAAUUGUGACCGAUCCUCCAUUUGGCUGCCGCACAGAACUGAUAGCCCACACCUUGCGCGCACUGCGACGAAGCCACAAUCGGAUCAAUCAGCUACCCGUUACACCGCUGUCUAUAUUUUGGAUAUUUCCCUACUUCUCGGCUAACCACAUCAGGCAGGAAAUGCCAGAAAUGGAAAUGAGCGACUACCGGAUAAACUAUUCCAACCAUUCGAGGUACACGAAUGUUGGCAAGGGGAGUCGAUUCUGCGGCUCGCCCGUCCGUCUGUUCACCAAUGUGCCCCUGCAGUUGCUGAAUCUGCCUCAGAAGGAGGGCUACAAGUACUGCCAAAAGUGUUCCCAUCACACGGCCAGUGAUAAUCCUCACUGCGAGCGCUGCCAGAAGUGCACCUCGAAGAAUGGCCAGACCUACAGGCACUGCGACGCAUGCGAUAUGUGCGUCAAGCCCAACUAUGUCCACUGUGACAACUGCCGGCGCUGCACGCAACGAGUGGGGCAUGAAUGCGCCUUCUAUCAGACCAAGCAGAUGUGCUGGCUGUGUGGUCAGCGUGGACACAUUGAGACGAAGUGCAGCGUCUGGCAGACGAAAGCAAAACCGGCACGCACGGGCUGCCUUCUGUGUGGUCGGCAGGAUCAUAGGGAGCGACGGUGCCAGCAGCGAGGGAAAUAUUUCCAGGAACUACACUUUUUGGGCCGCACGUCGAUUCAGUGGCUGAGCAUCUAGUAAUUUGUUAAUGUU